GAUGGAGAAUACGAGGUAAUAAACAGCCUCAAUAAACAAGAAGAGGGCGAGGAAAAACAAGAAGACGUCGGUUUAUGCGGAGAGGACUGGGAAAAAUGUAAAGAAUAAAAGAAACAAGGUCGCUUUCAUUGUUUUCCUUCUCUCUGCUGCCGGUUUCCGGAGUGAAUUUCUGAAAGGAGGAUGCUGCUGCUGCUGCAUCUCUCCGAGCGCAGAUAGCUGCUCACAUUCCGCGCAGUUUUCUCAUCGCAUCUGAUUGUGAUUAACGGCCGGAGGAGAAGGAGGAGGACGGUGUUAGAGCAGAAAACAGCAGCAGCAGGAGGGAAUGUUAGUUGGACCUUCAGAAGGAUUUCCCUGAAGCAUCUGUGAGGAUUGCUGCGCUCAGUCUGCUUCAAUUGCAUCACUCCCGACUUCUCCUAUAGGCGCAAAGGAAGAAAAACCAGAGGAAUAUUUUCCUUUCUCCUAAAUUAUUUAGGGGUUAUCUGUUAUCUGAGCUCUGCAUGUACUGCUGUCUUUGUCUUACAUCUUCAGUGCAUGAUUUUAAACACAGAGAGGUGGCGGAUGGCAGCCGAUGGGAAGGCGCUCCAAAUUUCUUCAAAAGAGGGAUGCAACCUAAAAUAACCUCUGUGUCAGAUGUUGAAGGAGCAGAUACGUGUCUAUUCAUCGGUGCGCUGGCUCUGAUAGCACAAGGAUCUCUGCGGGAUUUCACGGUUUCCGUUCAGUUGUGGCUCUGCUGAUGUUACCCGGUGAGAUAUCCCUGCAGCUUCCAGAACAAGGCAAGCCCUAAGCCUCCGGACCCCCACGAAUCAGCACAGGGAACCCGAACUCUUUUUCAUGGCUUUUGUCUUCAGAAGAUGGAGGGUGUUACUGCUGCUCAACGUGCUGGCGGUCGCUGGGUUCAUGACCUUCUGGGCCAAGUGCAACACCCGCAGCGUCCAGGCGGCCGGUCCGGAAGCUCCGGCUGACGGGAGGCGGCCCCGGGCCAACGGAACAUCGCAGGGGCCCAGCGUGAGCCACGAGGUGCUGCUGAAGAGGCUCAGCUCCCUGGAGGAUGUGGUGUACAGGCAGUUAAACGGUCUGUCCAAAUCCCUUGGUCUGAUUGAGGGCUUUGGGGGCCGGGGUAAAGGCGGCCUCCCUGCUACGCUUUCACCGCUCGAGGAGAACGAUGCCAAAUACCUGAAGGAGAAGUAUGGCUACAAUGCCUACCUCAGUGACAGGAUCUCUCUGGAUCGGACCAUCCCGGAUCAUCGGCCUAACAAAUGUAGAAAAGUCAGCUAUCCCAGAGAUCUCCCCCAAAUUUCCCUCAUCUUCAUCUUCGUCAACGAGGCGCUGUCAGUGAUCCUGCGCUCUGUCCACUCGGCAGUCAAUCACACGCCGGCUCACUUGCUCAAAGAGAUCAUUCUGGUGGACGACAGCAGCGAUGACGAGCAGCUGAAAGGACCUUUGGAGGAUUACGUGAAUAAGCGCUACCCUGGGCUGGUAAAGAUCGUCAGGAACCAGAAAAGAGAAGGACUGAUCCGGGCCAGAAUUGAGGGUUGGAAGGUUGCCACGGCAGAAGUCACCGGAUUUUUUGAUGCCCAUGUAGAGUUUACUCCUUCAUGGGCUGAGCCUGUGCUGGCCAGAAUAAACGAGGACCAUAAGAGGAUCAUCCUUCCGUCCAUCGACAACAUCAAGCACGACACUUUUGAGGUGGAGCGUUAUGAGAACUCUGGUCACGGAUACAACUGGGAACUGUGGUGCAUGUACAUCAACCCACCCAAGCAGUGGUGGGACGAGGGUGACAUGUCUGCACCCAUAAGGACUCCAGCCAUGAUUGGCUGCUCCUUUGUGGCCAACAGGGACUACUUUGGGGAACUUGGUCUGCUGGACUCGGGCAUGGACGUCUAUGGAGGGGAGAACAUCGAGCUCGGCAUCAGGGUGUGGCUGUGUGGUGGUAGCAUGGAGGUGCUACCUUGUUCCAGAGUGGCUCACAUUGCUAGAAUAAAGAAACCCUACCACAGCAACAUAGCGUUCCACACCCGGCGUAAUGCUCUACGAGUGGCCGAAGUCUGGAUGGAUGAAUACAAGUCCAAUGUGUACCUGGCCUGGAACAUCCCAAUGGAGAACCACGGCAUUGAUUAUGGAGACGUGUCUCAACGGGUCGCGCUGAGGAAAAGUCUGCAGUGUAAGAGCUUCCAGUGGUACCUCGACAAUGUUUACCCAGAAAUGAGGAGGUACAAUAACACGGUGUUCUACGGUGAGAUCCGUAACUUCAAAGUGAGCCACUUGUGUAUGGAUCAGGGUAUGAAGGAAAACCACACAGCCACACUUCACCCCUGCCAUGGCUGGGGUCCUCAGUUGGGACGUUACACCAAGGAGGGUCAGCUCUUCCUGGGUCCACUGGGGAGCACCGGCGAGGACACUCGCUGCGUGGUGGACGAUCAGAUCAGCAGCUUUCCCCAGCUCCUAAACUGUGACAAGUUGACCAACGUCAAGCAGAAGACAUGGAACUUCUCUCAGAAUGACUCGAUCAUAAACCGAGCCACAGGACGAUGUCUAGAGGUGGUGCCAGCCAACGUUUACUUCGGCCACCUGCUGGUCCUGCAGCCCUGCUCUGGUCAGAGGUGGACCAUCAAGAACACCAUAAAGCAAUAGCCAACUGAGUGUGCCAGUUUUACUGGGCUGUGAUAGGCUCAGAGUGGUCACCUGACCUAAGUCUGGCACAGGGACAAACAAUGGGACAACGAGACUCCUCUUCUGCAAAACUUAGAAAGAAAUUCUUUAUUAAAGACUCUGGGUGCCAUAGGGAUUAUAUGGCUGGGAAUUAUUUUUUAUAAAACAAAGAAAAAGACAAAUUAAGCAUGAGGACUGUUUUUGUCUGAUUUAUUUUGACUUAAUGUGUUGUUUAAAUCCUGUGUGUGCUACUACUCUACAGUGCUUUGAAGUUCAAUACUUGAGAUUGAUUCAACCAAAAAUAUAUUACAGGAAAAGCAAAUGUCUUGAGCCAUCCUUCAUUUCCUUAUACUAUGUUUCCAAGAAGCCUGUGAAAUUCCUGUAUUCCUGUAUCAUCUUAAAGUGGUCUCAAUGAACAGCUCUCUGAAGAUCUUUCAAACGUUUCCUUCCAACUUUGGCUGGCUUUCCUCUCAUUUAAGUCUAGUGACUAACAGUUUUCAAAGUUUUCUUUAGCUGAGUCACUUCAUAAUAAGCAAAACAACAAAUAUGGCUCAAUUUAAUGGGUAAAAACAAUAUUUUAGCACCAACCAAAUGAUUUCUAAAACAGUUAUUAGGUGUAAACUUCAGUUUCCUAAUUGAAAGAUGAUGAUAUGUCUCUACAUUUGUUUUAAACCUAACGUUUUUUGUCUGUAUAAACAUUUCUACUAAGCAUACAGUGUGCAAAAUGCUGCCAUCAUCAGGAACAAGCAUGUGUCAAAAAGUGAGCAAAAAUGUCCAAAGAAAACCUUUGAAAGACCUCCAGGAAGACUGGAGAAAUACUGUCCACAAUCACUUGAAGAGAUAACAAAGUAGUCCUACUGCUUUGAAAAAAAAUAAAGAAAUUUGGGAUGGUUUAAAACUGUUGCACAGCACUGUAUGGCUUAUUUAGAGGUAAUUUAAACAUUUCUAUUGUCAAAAUCUGAAUCUCUGCAAUAUUCCAUUCCUAGUUAUGUCAUGUCCUGUAAGGUGUAAAAAAAGUGAUGCCUUUAAUUUCAGUGACAUGCUCUGUUCAGAAUGUAGUUAGUUUUUUUUAAGGCAUCAUCAGUUGUUCCAGAUUAUAGUGUAAUAUACAUAAAACAGACGAGAGCCCAUUUGUGACAAGCAUAAAAUUGAAACAAAUCGAAUCAUAAUCAUAAAUAAGCAUAAAGAUAUCUUUACUUUAUGGCUUUCAAAAGUCUAAUCCCUGUAAAUAUUUAUAAUUUGAAUAAUGAGGCACAGAAAGUGUUUUAACAGCUGUAAAAAAAAACAAAAAACUGAAUUACCAAUAGGGCUAAAGAGAUAAGUCAUGGUUCCGAAUGCCAUGCACUUUCAGUCAUUUUGACUGGAAGCUUCCUGCAGCAACAGAUACAGUUAAGCAUGGUUGUAGGAACUUCAUGCAUAUGGAAAUAAAGUAAAGUUUAUUUGUCCUAUCACCUGCUGGGUGCCGUAACUAACGAAGCACUUUUCUCAGACACAGAACCACUGACUAUGGAAGGAAGAUUGAUUUACAAACGGAAAAGUGUCCAAAUGUAUCAAUUGCUGACGUUCUGAAGGCUGAAUUGUUUAAAGAAGUGUGUGAUGUCAUAUAUUCAAUUAAUUCUGUGUUAUUGGUUUGAUUUUUGCGCCUGAGAUUGUCUUCCAAUAAACAAACGGUUUCCUGG